AGGCUCCCAUGGAUCUUCCUUUCACAAACACGGAAGCAGCAUGGCGUCCAACAGCUGUGGCGGCGGUUCCGACAGGCAAAUGGCUGCACAGCACAGACUUAGUGUAAUUGCCGGGCAUCUACAGAGACCAAGUGGCAGUAACACCGCCGUCUUAGCCGUGGACUGCAAAGGCCAGGGGAGCAAGCCAUUUGUCUCCAGCGAGAAGAGGACGGUACCCAGGAGGAGGCAAGAGAUAAUGAAGUGGAAUGGCUGGGGUUACAGUGACUCAAAAUUUGUCUACAAUAAGAAAGGUCAAGCUGAAUUUACUGGCAAAAGGUACAAACUUAGUGGUAUGAUUAUCCCCGGUCUUAAAGAUUGGAUGGAAAACACAUUUGGGGCCACUCUGCAGCACAAAGCUGCUGCAACACCUGCACUGAACAGCAGUGCAGUACCACCUCCCACUUUAAAUGAGGCCUUUGUGGAGGAACUCAAAUCCACAGGUGUUCCCUUUUCUGCCGACGCAGAGGACAGAGUGUUUCGUGCUCAUGGUCACUGUUUGCAUGAGAUCUUUGCUUUGAGAGAGGGGAAAAUCGGCCGUGUUCCAGACAUGGUGGUAUGGCCAAACUGUCACAGUGAUGUUGUGAAAAUUGUGGAGCUGGCGUGCAAACACAAUGUUUGCUUAAUACCAUAUGGAGGAGGGACCAGUGUGUCUAGUGCUCUUGAGUGCCCCCCAGAGGAGACUCGUUCCAUUAUCUCCUUGGAUACCUCCCAGAUGAACCGCAUUCUCUGGAUUGACGAGAAAAACCUGACUGCCCACAUAGAGGCUGGAAUCAUCGGUCAAGAUCUGGAGAACUUGCUUAAUGAGAGCGGCUACUGUACAGGACAUGAGCCAGACUCCAUGGAGUUCAGCUCCCUGGGUGGCUGGGUAGCAACAAGGGCAUCAGGGAUGAAGAAGAACAUCUAUGGCAACAUCGAGGACCUGGUAAUCCGCAUUAAGAUGGUGACUCCACAAGGUGUGAUUGAAAAGAGCUGUCAGGGGCCGCGCAUGUCCACGGGGCCAGACAUCCACCAUUUCAUCAUGGGCUCAGAAGGAACCCUGGGUGUGAUUACUGAAGUAACUAUGAAGAUUCGUCCUGUGCCAGAGUAUCAGAAAUACGGGUCGGUGGUGUUUCCUAACUUUGAGCAGGGAGUUGCGUGUCUUCGAGAGGUUGCCAGACAGAGAUGUGCCCCGGCGUCGAUAAGGCUCAUGGAUAAUGAACAGUUUAAGUUUGGUCAUGCCCUGAAACCUCAGGUUUCCUCCAUUUUCACUUCCUUUCUAGAUGGAUUGAAAAAAUUUUACAUCACCAAGUUUAAAGGGUUUGACCCUAACCGCUUGUGUGUGGCCACCCUGCUGUUUGAAGGAAACCGUGAGAAGGUCCUGCAGCACGAGAAGCAGGUUUAUGACAUUGCUGCAAAGUUUGGGGGCCUGGCAGCUGGAGAGGACAAUGGGCAGAGGGGCUACAUGUUGACCUUCGUCAUUGCUUAUCUCCGGGACUUGGGAAUGGACUACUUUGUGAUCGGAGAGUCCUUUGAAACCUCGGUGCCUUGGGACAGGGUGUUAGAUAUUUGCAGGAAUGUGAAGGCACGCAUCAUUCAUGAGUGUAAAGACAAAGGAGUUCAGUUUCCACCUUUAUCCACUUGCAGGGUGACUCAGACGUACGACGCCGGAGCCUGUGUCUACUUUUACUUCGCCUUCAACUACAGGGGACUCAGCGAUCCGGUUCACGUGUAUGAACAAGUGGAGCAUGCAGCUAGAGAGGAGAUCCUUGCCAACGGGGGGAGCUUGUCACAUCACCACGGAGUGGGGAAACUUCGGAAGGAGUGGAUGAGAGAGACCGUCUCCAGCGUUGGCAUGGGGAUGCUCCAGUCCGUUAAGGACUACGUGGACCCAAAUAACAUCUUCGGCAGCAGAAACCUUCUCUAAGCGCUCUUGUUGCACCUCUUUUCUAAAAGCGUCGCGUGUGCAUCUAAAGCAACGGUUACUAAGUGUGAAUCUAAAAUGGACUUCAUCGUUGUUCCAUCCAAUAUCCUUUGGUGCCAUUAAAACAUUCACCUUAACUUUUUUUUGCGAGUAAUUUAUAUUGAAUUUAUUUUGCUGUUGCAAUCAGCUUCCUUACCCAUGAUGCACCAUGAUGCAUCCAAACCUACAUUUACUUUUUAACUGCCUCCCAUACAUUCUUGCCAACAUUGUAAAAAUAGUUUGUUUUCCUCUCCUUUCGUGCCCACCCCCACACCAUGUGAGUGUGUUUAUCUGGCACUUCUUUAGCGGAUAAAUUCCUCAUGAAUGCGCUUUCUGAAGCUCCGUGCCUUUCAAAAGCUUUCGUCUGCCUUUCCUUCCAGUGCGCACUCGUGUGCGGCGAGUACAAGAAAAACAGUCUUGAAAGUUUUCCUCCCGUUUUGUCUGUUCAUGCCUUCCUGCUGUACUGACCAGUUGCCAUAAGAGACUUGUUUCUGGAGUGUUUGUGCGUGCCUCCGUCCUCCAAACCCUUCCACCCGCUGCCUGAAGUUUGAUUGAGAAGAGAAGGUGCGUCAUUCCGUUUUUGUAUGCAGAGUGUCUACCUUCCACGGUUUGUAACAGAGACCCUGAAGUCAGGAGGGUUAUUUAAAAUGUUUUAGAAAAGAUGUGUGUUCAGUUUAAGGCCUCUGGAUUGCGGUGCUCACGAUGUACCAAAGACAAUUCAUCGGAUCAUGCAAACAUUCUGUAAAUGUUUCAUCCUGUAGUACUUGCACAGAAAUCUGUAAACCUGCCUUCCACACUGUUCCAUUUUUUUUCUAGCAUAUCUUCAAAACUCUCAAAUGUAAAUAUUCCUGACUGUUACAUGUGCUAAAUCUUUCUGGUUAGCUCCCAAUAUCACGUUCUACUUGUUCCUGAUGUUUUAUUGUUCAAUUGGAGUCCCCCCACCCACCCAAAAACAAGUCAAGAAAAUCCUCAGGGCCUCCAAGAAUCGAGUUGUUUAACGUUUGUAAAAUGUAAAGGUUUUUUGAAUGGGUUCUCAAAUGUGAUUCAUUUUGAUACAGGUGAUGAUAGUUUCUCCUUUACAUCCUCAUAUUUUCUUCACUUCCUUCCAGGACUGUUUUAUGUCCUUGAGGUCAAAAGUGUCCAUCCAAACAGAAGGUCUUUUUCUGCUGUCUUGACAAACAUGAGAGCUUUUGAAUGUUCAGAUUGAGCUUUUCUUUCCCCCCCAAAGUUUUCCACUUUUCUUAAUGACAUAGUAACAUCUAAAACAUUUUUGUCGAUGCUGUUUGUGCAAUAAAUCUAAUAAAAAUAUCACAGUU